CCAGUGAUUCAGAGACGCCGGGGGGGGAGCGUUAGGCUCGGUCCGAUCUCACUCAUCCCUGAAAGGUUAUAGCAACAAGUCAUCGAAAUCACACGAGGACGGCGGAGGGCGUGCACGUCUGGAAUAUAUUUCGCCGCGCUGAUACCCACCGGUCUCCAAAUGAAAAGCAGCAUACGUAAUUGAUGAGGUCCAAGCGCCAGCUGAAAGAGGACUGACCAGCUCAUCCUCAGUCCUGCACACCUCUACCUGGUUGCACUCAAGCUAGGCACCGGAGAGGACAAAGAGGCAGCCCCUCAGUCCGCCUCAUUUAAAUCAACAUUUCCUGUUUGAGUUGGUCCCCAAAAGCGUUUCAAAACUGUUUCUCCAACGCUUUUUCCAGAAACUCGGACUGUUUUCCAAAGCAGAAGCAGCACAGCCAUCCCAGACAGAGGUGAUGGGAAGUGUGCGAGCUAACCGCUAUAGCAUUGUGUCAUCAGAGGAGGACGGCAUGAAGCUAGCCACUAUGGCGGUGCCCAACGGCUAUGGGAAUGGCAAGAGCAAGGUCCACACGCGGCACCAGCCGCAGAGCCGCUUUGUGAAGAAGGACGGUCACUGCAACGUGCAGUUCAUCAACGUGAGUGAAAAGGGUCAGCGCUAUCUGGCUGACAUCUUCACCACGUGCGUGGACAUCCGCUGGAGAUGGAUGUUCAUUAUUUUCUGCCUAGCCUUUCUUCUAUCAUGGCUUUUCUUUGGUUGUGUCUUCUGGCUGGUUGCCAUCUUCCAUGGGGACUUGGAAAACGAUACCCAGAGGUGCGUCUCCAACGUGAGCAGUUUCACCGCUGCCUUCUUAUUCUCCAUUGAGACUCAGACCACCAUCGGCUAUGGCUACAGAUACGUGACAGACGAGUGCCCUGUGGCUGUGUUCACGGUGGUUUUCCAAAGCAUUGUGGGCUGCAUUAUUGAUGCCUUCAUCAUCGGUGCCGUUAUGGCAAAGAUGGCAAAGCCCAAGAAAAGGAACGAAACAUUAGUUUUUAGCCACAAUGCCACAGUGGCCAUGAGAGACAACAAGCUCUGCCUGAUGUGGCGUGUGGGCAACCUGAGGAAAAGCCACCUGGUUGAGGCACAUGUGCGUGCGCAGCUCCUGAAAUCCCGCACCACGGCAGAGGGGGAGUUCAUCCCCCUCGACCAGAUGGACAUCGACGUCGGCUUCGACAGCGGUGUUGACCGGAUCUUCCUGGUCUCCCCCAUCACCAUCGUCCACGAGAUCAACGAGGACAGCCCCUUCUAUGACAUGAGCAAACAGGACCUGGAGACCUCCGAUUUUGAGAUAGUUGUCAUCCUAGAGGGCAUGGUUGAGGCCACUGCCAUGACCACGCAGUGCCGCAGCUCCUACCUCGCCAGUGAAAUCCUCUGGGGUCACCGUUUCGAGCCCGUGCUCUUUGAGGAGAAGAACUACUACAAGGUGGACUAUUCCCGCUUCCAUAAGACAUAUGAGGUGCCGAGCACCCCGCUGUGCAGUGCCAGAGACCUCGCGGAGAAAAAAUACAUCCUGUCAAACUCCAACUCCUUCUGCUAUGAAAAUGAGAUGGCACUGGAAAACAAAGAGGACACGGACGAGGGGAACGGGGGUAGCGUAGGUCCCGAUGGCACACAAACAGACAAUAUCUCAGAGACUGAACACAACCAGGCCACUGUGCCUCUAGAGCCCCGGCCCCUGAGGCGGGAAUCAGAAAUAUGACUAUGUAGACCUCACAUAACAGAUUGUAAGAUCACCUCUUGCUCUGAAAGGCACAAUGAGCUGAGCUGGGCUUUGGUAGAGGAACUUCAAGCUGACGGUACUGCUGAGGGAAAGGGGCUAGGUUGAGGACUUGUAUGUAAGUAAUGUGAGCUUUACUUGCAUACAGUAUGACAAAACACAGCACUAUGAACCAUGUGCAUAUUGACGGAACAACACUCCAUGAAGUUCCCAUGAAUGUGUGCAUCUAUUUAGUGUCUAUUGACUGCAAGGUAAAAACGAGGAAGGGGGUCCGUAGGACGACUUGAAAAACUGCAGGCAUGUCUCUGUUUCUCUGUCCAGCAAAUUGAAAGAACAAGACAUAUUAGGGAUGGUAGUUGUCAAAAACUACACGUUCUAACAUGCUGCUACAUAAUCAAUGCUUAGUACAACAAAAAAAAAAAAGAGAAAAGAAUGAAAAUUUUUAAAAAAAACCCUUAAAUAUUUUUCACAACGAGAAAGAAAAGACUUUCUCUUUGCUAAUUUGCACAUUGGUAAGUGGCCUUUGUUCUUCUAAAAAUCAUGGAGGGUCCCCACAAUGGGGUUGAAAUGAUCCUCGCUUGUUUUAAUUCAGAAUUAACAUCUCGAUGAGAUCUCAGAUCCAUGCAGAUUUAAGUGGGGAGGGGGGGGGAUUCUGAAGAAAAUCUCAAAUCUUGAGAAAAUUCUCCACAGAGUACCCAAGCGAAUCCCGAACACAAACUAAUAUAUAAAGUGGAUGUCCACGACGGAGCCGUGGGUCGAUGAUCCCCGGUCUCGUCCGAGUUACAGCUUACACUUCUAUGAACGUCUGAAGCAAGUAAGGUACAGCUGAUUUACUGUUCAUGAGCUGGUCUCAUAGCAGACAUGACACGCCGUGAAAACCUGAUUAUCUUCUUCCUCUUCUUAACCAAAGAAGGAAAUUUAACUAAUUAAUUUAAUUUAAGAACGUUCUCAAGAUAAGGGCGAAUUCGAAGCUACUUGUGGCUAACUUCCUGGCUAAGUCGAUUAGGGGCGCGUGGGCUCAUGGCGUGACAUCACGGCGGCUGUUCUUGCGCCUCAGUGUUUUCGGUCGUUCAGCGGAGGGCUUGUUCAUUGCUGGCCAAAUUGAUGGAAGCAUGCCUGUUUAUGUGAAGGAACCAAGCAGGGUAGUAUUAAUGGCAUCAACAUGAGAUUACUCAUUUAAAUCAAGAGGGGGAGGGGGGAGGGGGGUCAAACGAGAAUAUGAAUGUUACUAAAAAGUGCUGCUAUGGUGUUGCAUUUAUAAUAGGGUUGAUAACAAAUGCCAAAGAGUAUUAAUAGUUGGGUGUUUCUUAAAAGCAUCGACUAAUUAGACUGGUACAGAUAUGAGUAGAACGUGUAGAAUUUUUAUUUUUUUUUGAUAUAAGCAGAAAAGGUUUUGUUUUCCAAAAAAAAAAAAACAAAAAACAAAAAAAACAA